CUGGUGUUUAAAGCUCACCCCUUGCUCCACCGCUUCCCUUGGGAGGUUCCGGAAACUGUGUCAAACUGCAAUGUCUUGUCUGCAAUCAAGAAACUACCAUUCAAAGCGUUCAAGCAAGAAUUAGGAAGCGAGCUACGGUCUGUGGUCGCACGCUUGGAAACAACUGCAGCAGCGGAUCCAUGGCAGCGCGGAGCUAUGCAACAAACACCGAAGCAACUGUGGGCUCACAAGAAUUCGAUUACGGAAUAUCAAGUAUGGGUAAGUUACAGAGCGGCAACGAAGCAACUCAAUCUCUUCUUCGACGGCCGUCAAAUGGAUGCAAGCUGUCGCAAGCUUCAAAGCUGUCAGCACCGAAAGGAGACACUCACGCACCUACUUUGGGAGUGUCCGUGCGCCCAAGCAUGCUGGAAAUAUCUUAUCAGCUGCUGGGGUAGACGAAGGUGUGAUGACCAGCAGCUU